CAAAGCAGUUGUUGGCACUUGGCUGUGUAAUAUAUAUCAUCAGUCAAACACACACAAGAACACCCAGUACUCAGAGAGAAUGGCAGCCAAAGUCUCAUCAAUUUUCAUAUACCCAAUAAAGUCAUGUCGUGGAAUUUCUGUUCGUCAAGCGCCCAUCACUCCCACUGGAUUUCGAUGGGAUCGGCAAUGGCUAGUUGUAAAUAGCAAAGGGAGGGCAUAUACUCAGAGAGUUGAACCAAAGCUUGCUUUGGUUGAGGUGGAGUUGCCAAAUGAGGCCUUUUCAGAGGGUUGGGAACCUACCAAAAGCUCAUACAUGGUCUUAAAAGCACCUGGGAUGAAUGUGCUAAAGGUUUCUCUCAGUAGACCACGAGAAAGAGUAGAUGGAGUCUCAGUCUGGGAAUGGUCGGGCUCUGCAUUGGAUGAAGGAGAUGAAGCAUCACAAUGGUUUUCAAAUUAUCUUGGGAAGCCCAGUCGGCUAGUUCGUUUUAAUAGCGCUUCCGAGACAAGGCCUGUGGAACCUGGGUAUGCUCCUGGACACAGUAUCUUGUUCAAUGACAUGUAUCCAUACUUGCUAUUAUCUCAGGGAUCAAUGGAUGGACUAAAUAAGCUUCUCAAGGAGCCCAUAUCAGCUAACCGUUUCAGACCCAACAUCCUGGUUGAUGGUUGUGAACCAUUUGCUGAAGACUUGUGGACAGAGAUCAAGAUAAACAAAUUCACUUUUCAGGGUGUCAAGCUAUGCUCCCGCUGUAAGGUCCCUACAAUCAACCAAGAAACUGGAAUUGCAGGCCCUGAGCUGAAUGACACUCUUAAGAAAAUCCGGUCAGACAAGGUUUUGCGACCGACCCAGAAACAGCAAGGAAAGGUCUACUUUGGUCAGAAUUUAGUCUGGAAGGACUCUCGUACCCAAGGGAAGGGAGAGUUCCUUAAAGUGGGAGAUCCUAUUUAUAUCCUCAAAAAGGUUUCCUCUGCUAAUGAAGCAGCAGCUUGAACUCUUUAGAAUGUCUACCUUUUUCUGUCUUCUAGACAGAAUAUCUGCCUUUAUUACUAAUGUUUUAUAGAUGAUAAGACCUGCUGUGUAGCAUACCAUUACAGAAUAAGAAAUGGGUAGCUUGCUAGUGUGUGGUGUCAUGUCGUUUGUCCUAUAUUUUAAUAUAUAAUUUUGUAAUGUUAGAAACUACAUUUUUAUUUAACCUUGCUAACGUGUAAUGCCAA